AUGCCAGCUGCCACCAAGAAGAGUGCAUGGCCACCAAGAUCUCCAGACCUCAACAGUUUAGAUUUCUUUUUGUGA